AUGGCUCCAAUAACGCGCCUGUACGACUCGCCCAUCUAUGGCGCUGACAUCAGUGGCUCCUUAUUUGAUGCCAACACUAAACAAUGGAACCUUGGCCACCUGGGAACCAUCCAGGACCUGCUGGAGCAGGAGUGUGGGGUUGUCAUCGAAGGCGUCAACACCCCCUACCUGUACUUUGGCAUGUGGAAGACCACCUUCGCUUGGCACACGGAGGACAUGGACCUUUACAGCAUCAACUACCUGCACUUCGGGGAGCCCAAAACGUGGUACGCGGUGCCCCCAGAACACGGCCAGCGCCUGGAGCGCCUGGCCAGGGACCUUUUCCCGGGCAGCUCUCGGGGCUGCCAGGCCUUCCUGCGGCACAAGGUGGCCCUCAUCUCGCCCACUGUCCUCAAGGAGAACGGGGUCCCGUUCAGUCGCAUCACUCAGGAGGCUGGAGAGUUCAUGGUGACCUUUCCCUAUGGCUACCACGCUGGCUUCAACCAUGGCUUCAACUGUGCGGAGGCCAUCAACUUUGCCACCCCGCGAUGGGUCGACUAUGGCAAAGUGGCCUCUCAGUGCAGCUGCGGGGAGGCCCGGGUGAGCUUCUCCAUGGAUGUGUUCGUGAGCAUCCUGCAGCCCGAGCGCUAUGAGCUGUGGAAACGCGGGCAGGACCGGACGGUUGUGGACCACGUGGAGCCCAGGGCGCCGGGCAGCCAGGAGCUGAGUGUCUGGAGGGAGGGCAGGGCGGCCUGGAGAUCUGCGCUGGGCCUGAGGCCCCUCCAGCCCCAUCGAGCCACACAUACCCCUGGAUCAGUGGGCAGGAGCCUUAGGUCCCGCGGCCACCUUGGCAGCCGGACCCUCAUGUGCCAGCCAUCCCUACGCCCCUCGCUAGAGGGUUCUGCCUCUGCUGCCCAGCCCACGGCUGCCUCGGCUGCCACGGCCCUCUGCUCCUUAAAGCCUGACCCAUCCUCACAGCCAACAUCUGCCCAGGAUCUCCAGCCAACUGGCACACGCGGUCACGGUCGUGGUCGCGGUGGUGGUCCUGAGAGUGGUCAUCGUCCUCGGGAACAGGGGACUCAAGAGUCUAUUGUUCAGGCCCCGGCUAAGAGGCGCCGCCUAGUGGGCGCAGUGCGCACAGCUCCGGAUCCCAAAGCCCAGCCUGUGCCUGAGGACAAACCCUCCAUGGACAGCCCAGCACUGCUGGUCCCAGCAUCCUAAGGUGGCUUCUGGGUGCUGCUGUGCUCCCGUCCCCUAAACCCAGGGGACACCUACGUUUGUUCUACAUGUUCUUUUGUGUGGAGAUUCAUUGAGCCUGGCCACAUUUACAUCUCAAAGCUGUGAGCAAGUUUGUAAGUCACUGGUCUUGCAUGAGAGUUCCCCUGUUGUUGCCUCUGGACAGGCUGAGUCCCUGGUAUUUAACAAGUUCGCCAUAGUUUAUUCUUCCUCCCAGACCCUGGAAUGUCCGUGGACACUGCUAACUCCUGUGUGGCCAACUGAGCUUCACCCACUGGACACUCCGUGUCUAUGUGCACCUGAAGGUUCUGCUGAGUUUGCCAAAGCCGGAUCUAUCCCAGACUCCCAUCCUCUGGAACAGCUGUGGAGGUUGCCCAUCUUCAGAAGAAUCUGGGCUUUGGGUUCCCCUCCAGUCUCCCUCCCUUUUCUUCUCUUUCUACUCUUCCCCCCCCCUUUCCUGCUAAAC